UUGGUGCCUGUUGCCAGGGGGUUGACUGUCUACUGCAAAGGUAGUUUGUAUGAUAUUUGGAAAAGAAGAAUGAUAUCAGAAUGAUUUCUACGAGAAAGGUGGCAGAAAGAUAUCCGUUGCAUUAUUUGGUUUGGUAUAAUAAAUACAAGGAGCUGGAAAAGGAACUUAGCACCAAGCAGGUUGACACCGAACAGCUUGACCCACGAGGCCGGACUCCUUUGCAUCUUGCUGUUACACUUGGAUUCCUGGAGUGUACAAGAGUCUUGUUAAAGCAUGGCGCAGAUGUUAGUAAAGAGAAUCAUAAUGGAUGGACAGGUCUCCAGGAGGCUGUAAGUACAGGGGACCUGGAGUUGGUACAACUUGUUCUUCACUAUCGUGAUUACCAAAGAUCUAUUAAACGACUAUCAGGGAUCCCAUGCCUAUUGGAUAAACUGCGCCAGGCGCAAGACUUUUAUGUUGAAAUGAAAUGGGAGUUUACAAGCUGGGUGCCCCUGGUCUCCAAGAUCUGUCCAAGUGACACAUACAGGGUUUGGAAAAGCGGACAGAACCUGCGGGUGGACACCACAUUGCUCGGCUUUGAUCACAUGACCUGGCAACGAGGAAAUCGUAGCUUUGUCUUCCGAGGACAAGACAACUGCGCAGUUGUAAUGGAGAUCGACCAUGACCGACAAAUGGUUUACUCAGAGACUCUGUCGCUGGCGAAUUUUGACCAUGACAUGCUGUUGGCUGCUGUGCAGCCCUCAGAAGAGCAAGUGGCAAGCCGUCUCACCACUCCCAUCGUCACCACCCAAUUAGAUACCAAGAACAUCUCAUUUGAAAGAAAUAAAUCUGGAAUCCUGGGCUGGAGAAGUGAGAAGACUGAAAUAAUAAACAGAUAUGAAUCCAAGGUUUAUGGAGCUUCCAAUGUGGAACUCGUCACCAGGACAAGGACAGAGCACCUGUCAGACCAGAACAAGAGUAAAAGCAAAGGGCAUCGACGACACAAACCUGUUUCAACAGCGUCCAGUCUGUUGGCGCACCAACGAGUUAUCCCAUCGAGCAGCCAGAAGAUCAGAAGUAGUAAAACUCCCCUCCAGUCAUUUCUGGGCAUUGCAGAGCAACAUGUUGGACCACACAAUGGGGCCUUCAUCACUCAGACAUUCAGCAAUACCAAUCCAACAUCCAUUACUCCAGAGGAAUACUUCAACCUAAACUUUGAACUGGGAAAUCGCGAUAUUGGACGUCCCAUGGAACUCACCACAAAAACACAGAAGUUUAAAGCAAAGCUCUGGUUGUGCGAGGAUCAUCCAUUGUCCCUCUCUGAGCAGGUAGCUCCCAUCAUUGACCUCAUGGCAAUAAGCAAUGCACUUUUUGCUAAACUUAGGGACUUUAUCACUCUGCGCCUGCCUCCAGGAUUCCCUGUCAAAAUAGAGAUUCCAAUUUUUCACAUCCUAAACGCACGUAUCACCUUUGGGAACUUGAAUGGUAGUGACGAACCAGUGAACUCCAUCAGGAACAGUCCUUCCAGUGAGGCUCCGUCUCCCAGCAGUGACACUUCUAGUGUGAGCAGCUCCAGCUCCAUGACUUCAUGUCGUGGCUGCGAUAUGGACCCAGCACUCUUCGAGGUGCCCAGAGGCUACACUGUAGUCGGCAGCAAUCGGGACUCCCUGAGAGAGGAGGAUGAUGACCUCUUGCAGUUUGCGAUUCAGCAGAGUUUGCUCGAAGCAGGCACGGAAUAUGAUCAGGUGACCAUCUGGGAAGCAUUGACCAAUAGCAAGCCAGGAACACGCCCCAUGACCUGCGAGGGGAGGAAUGGAGAAAGAACCCCACAACACAACCAUCUGAGUCAGCCCAGCCCCCAGCACAUACCCAGCAAUCAGCUCUACCCCAACUAUGAUGAGCAGUUGCGACUCGCCAUGGAACUCUCCACAAAAGAGCAAGAGGAGGUCGAGAAACGAAAGCAGCAGGAGGAGGAAGAAUUGGAACGCAUUAUUCAACUCUCACUCACUGAGAAAUAGUAUCACCACUAUUCCUUACUCUUUCUUUCACAACAGUUUUUUUUUAAAUAAUAAAAGAAGUCAAAAGUUAAAAGACAAUAUGUAAGGUCACAAGUCCAUGCAUUGCUAUUGGGCACAAAGGAGUGCCAAGUGAAAAUCAGAGUUCACGGCUGAUUUACAGUUUUACAACUAAUGGUUGAAAAUGCAACUUUAAGAUAUGCCUGAACGCCCCACACUUUAUUCUACUGUCUUUUGACUCAAGAAUAAUCAUUGACUGACAGAUGCUUACAGCUAAAUUUUCUGUCAUCGGAAAAUGAUCAGUAGAUCCUCAUCUGUCUAAAUUGAGAUUCCGACAGGGAAUUGGCACACUGUUUGGAAAUUGUUUUUGUACCCAUAUGGUGCAGAUUUUAACUGUGUUCAUAAAGAAAGCUUAAAGAUCUUCUUGAUUCACUUGGCAGCUAGCAAUGAUCACUAGCAAAAUAGGUAGUCGAAGACCAUCUUGCAGAAAAUACAGAAUAUUAUAGCACAAUUUCUUGCAAGGACACUUGGAAAUGGGAAGCACCAUCACAGCAGUGCAGCAGAAGAUGGUGCAUCUGUGUUUGUCAUCAUAAGUGUAAAAUCACUGCACUGUGUACCUUGCCAAGAAUCCAACUUUAAUCAAUUGUUGAUUCCAACGUGGACCAAACUAUAAUUGACAUAAAACGUAGAUCAAAGUAGCACAAAACCAAAACUAGACUUAAGUUAGGUUGAAAUGGAAAGUUCAGCUUAAUGUCAAAUUAUGUUGGCCAUACUUUGAUUCUGUAAGCAAUGGUUAGGAUUUCCAUUGAUGCCAACUUUUCCUUAAGCUUCUCUUUCUUUCAAUAGUUAAUGCAAUGAGACUAAUUUACUAAGUCUGGAGAGUUUAGUGAAUUAAUACCUAUGGAAAUAAGUAUUAAAAAAUCUUAGCUUCAAUUUUUAGAAUAACUUGAAUUAGUUCCAUUGAAUUAAAAAUACUUCCAAUCUACAAUUUUAGAUUCUGAAUCAAAAAAUCAGGUUUUUCCUGAAAUGUAAUUUUUAGUUCUAUUGUACAAAUGUGACAGAUGUUUACAUAGUCUUUACUUACCUCGAUAGUUGACAAUAGCUUACUUAGUUUUUGGAUCAUAUAGUCCUUAUGGAUUUCAUGGUGGCAAUGUUAGAGUCCAUUAAUAAAAUGCAGAAAUGCACAUUAUCUGGAUUCACGGAAAAAUUGAACUGUUUUUGUUGAUCAUCUGAUCUAAUGACUUCAAUUUCAGAAGCAAAACAUAACAGUUGAGCAUACAACAGUUUUCGUUAGUGGGAGGUUAAUCUUCAGUUCACAGGGCCACCAGCUCUCAGAUCCAACUUGGCAUGAGCACAUUCAAAGUACAUUGUUGAAAAUCCAACUGCUGUAAGCAGCUAUUGGUUUUGAAGUAGACUAAAUCUUAAUGAUAGGACUUUGAACUAGCUGUUUGGUGUCAAAACAAAAAUCAGUGGAGCACAAAAAUAAACUAGAUUUCAGUCAGAUCUGAUUGGAAAACGCAGCCUAAUGUUACUUCUUGAUGGCCAUGCCUUGAUUAUGUGAACAGUGAUGGUUUCCACGUCUGCCUUUCAGCAUCCUUUCUUUGAAUGGUUAAUUCAGUGGGAGUAAUCAGUAUGUGUUGCAAUGAAGCGCCUUGUGAAAGAUGUUGGCACUUCUUGUUGGAGUGACCAUAUGACUUAACCCAGUAGAAAAUGUAUCUGAAAAUUGUGGAUCUUAAUGAAAAUUGCUGUGAUUCAGGAUUUAGUGAUAGGUGUACAGCCAGGGAAUAGAAGGAAAGAUGUACAAGAAAAGGAAGAAAGAAAGGACAGAAAGGCACCUUGUCUUUGAAUCAUAAAGAACUACAGCACAGGAACAGGCCUUUCAGCCCAUCUAAGUCUGUGCAACAAUUAAUCUGCUCAGGCCCAUCAAUCCUAACCUGCACCAUAGCCCAACUUAUCCAUCGAUGCACUUAUCUAAACUUCUGUUAAAAGAUGCAACCAUUGUGAAUCAUUCCAAGUGGCAUCUAUGAAUGGUUUCCCUUCCUCCACCAUUAAUGCUACCCUCACCCACAUCACCUCCAUUUCCCUUUCACUUGUGCUCACCCCAUCUUCUUGCCACCUCAAGAAGGAUAAAUUCCUCUUGUCCUAAGCUACCGCCGCAUGAGCCUCCACAUCCAACACAUCAUUCUCGUCAACGUCCACCAUUUCCCAAGGGAUCCUACCAGCAAACUCACCUUUACCUCCCCCCAACUCUCUGCUUUCCACAGGGAUCAGUCCCUCCAUGAUUCCCUUGCCCAUUCACCCCUCCCACUUAUCCCUACUAAUGGACCCCCUCCCUCAUCUCCAUUCAGGGCCCCAGACAGUCCAUCCUGGUGAGGCAACACUUCACCCAUGAAUCUGUUGGGGCUGUCUAUUGUAUCUGGUGCUCCCGAUGUGGCCUACUCUAUAUCGAUGAGACCCGUCGUAAAUUUGGAGACUGCUUUUUGAGCACCACCACUCCAUCCAUCAAAAAUGGAAUUUCCCAGUGGCCGAUUAUUUAAACUCCUAUUCCCAUUCCCAUUGCAACAUGUUGGUCCAUCGCCUCCUCUUGAGCCAUGAAGAGGCCACUCUCAUGGUGAUGUAGCAACACCUCAUAUUCCAUCUGAGUAGCCUCCAACCUGAUGGCAUGAACAUCUAUUUCUCCUUCUGGUAUUUCUUUAUUUUCCUCCCCUUUCCCUCUUCUUCUAUUCCACACACUGACCUCUUACCUUUUCUCACCUAUCACCUUUCCAUAGUGCCCCUCCUUCUUCUCUUUCUCCUAUGGUCCACUCUCAUCUGCCGUCAGAUUCCUUCAUCUCCAGCCCUUUACCCUUCCCACCUAUCUUUUGUGUGCGUUGCUUUGGAUUUCCAGCAUCUGCAAUUUUUUUUUGUGUUUAUCUUUGAAUAUUAGUCUGAUCAAUAGAAUUACAUUUAUAGGGCUGAAACACAUUUCUCAUCUUACAUCGAUGGAAAAAAAUCAUUGAACCAUAAACUGUAGGGAUAGUUCUGGGUUGUAUUGUCACUGUGCAAUCAUUUUCAGAAGUACAUUCAUUGCAGUGUUAUUCAUCAGAGUAAAAAAUCUAUCUGCAGUUGCAAUGAAGGAUGUGCUACGUAUCAGCAACUGGUAUUAUAGGCAUGAUAAAAUGUUUAAUCCAUUAGAUAAUGAUAAAAGUUCUCUAUGGAAAAAUAGAUUAGUGUUGAUACAGUAUGACUGCAAGAUUCAGAGUUUAGCCAAAUAGUGGUCCAUUCAUGGUAAUAUUGAGUGAUUGUUACCUCCCAAGAAUAAACAGUUAAUAAUCAUUUAUCAGUAAGUUUUACUGAUUCAAUCUUCCAAAGAUUUCAUUAAUUUUGUCAAGGCCACUAAAUAUGUUGUCCAUCAGCAUCUUUGUAAUUUAUGCAGUGAAAGAAAAUGGCCCAGUUGUAAGACCUGCUUAAUGGUAGAGAUUAUAAUGCUGUUAUCUCAUCGGAGGCAAUUAAUUGUUGUAGGGAUAGAAAGGUUUCUUUGGCCAUUGAAGUCAAUGGAAGUGAAGAAACACAAGGGAAAUGCAGCAGGCAACUGAUGCUAUGGCAACGACCAAGCACCAGCAACUGAAGUUGAAUAUAUAGCAAGUGAACAUUUAUCCCACGAACACCAGGGAUGGAGUCUGCAUGGAGACAGCAGGUGGGGGGAGGGGAAUGAAGAACAUUCGAGUUAGCAGUAACGAUGGAAGAAAUAUCUCUGCUUAUUAAUCUUAAGCAGCAACUAGAACACCCAUCCAUUCCUCUCUCCUCCUCAUAUUUAGUUCCAUUGCAGUGAGGGAAUUACAAUGCAUCCCAUCCCCCUUAACAGUUCUUAAAGAUGAAUUUCUACCCUAAUAUUUUUACACUAAAGGCAGACCCUAGAAACGCAGGAUAUGAAGGAAUUUAGGAAGGACAAUAGAGAAAUUAUAUACUCAGCGUUGUGAUGUAAAGGAACAAACUGGUUGGGACUGAUGAUGAAAUUUUCUAAUUCUAAAGAUUAUGGCAUUUUUAAUUUUAUAAUAUUUUGGGCUUAAUCAUUUCAGAUGGUUCAUUAUUUUGCCCAUAAAAUUAGAUCAAUUUUAAUGACAAACUUUCACCUUAAAAUAAAAGACAGUAGAAUAAAGGUGAAUAUUAAUUAAGUGGUUAUAGAUGUUUUUGAGUUGUGUUAAUUACAUGUAUGUGCUUCCAUAUUUUAAAAAAGGGAUUGUUCCCAAAUUAGUACAUGAUCUCUUUGUUUCACACAGACCUUUAAGACCAGCACCAGGAGCACAGUAAAUUGGUUUAUUAAUCUCACCGGGAUAAGAUCAGUGAGUUCUGGGACCAUUAGUUUUCCCUGAUUCAGUUUUUUUACACUGUUAAAAAAAACAAACCCUCUUUAAGUGAAAGAUUUAAAUUCCACUAAGUACAGUUCCUGCAUGACAAUACCUCAGCAGAGGGCCCAAAAAUAAACUCUACAAUUCAUACUCACUUUAUGCUGCCCCUGAGCCCGCUUGUAAAUGUGCUUUGGGCCGAUGUUUUAUGCCACUAUCUGCCAUUUCCCAGCAAAGUUAUUCAUUUCAGCUCUGCCAAAGUGAAAGAUGAGGUGUGGUUGAUAUCUACAUGGAUGGAUGAUUUUCAGUAGAGUUUCGAACAUUUGAUUUGUACAUAUUGAAAGGUGUUGCAAAGUUGAAAUCAGUUUGUGCUAUUUUACAUCUGUGCUACUGUUACGUUGAAUGUAUUAAUGGGAUAUUUUGGUCUACGCUGAGUUGUAGGAAAGUUGGAGGGCCCUCUGAUUUGGCAUUAACCUUCCUUAGUAAUUUAUAAUUUUUGCCAUCUACAUAAUUUUUUUCUGUGCAAUGCUUACAGAUUCCUCUAAACAUUGCAUGGGGAUAAUAUUCUCAUUAAAGGGAAGAGGAAGAUUUGUUCUGGUUGCUGGCAUCAUAAAUUAAAUAAUAAUGUUUACCAGAACAAUUAUAUGCCCCUCUGCCACCCAACCCGAUGGGAGCUGAUGGGUAACAACUUAUAAGGGAGUGUAACCCAGCAACAUUCCUUCGUUUAUACAACUGGAGACACAUCAUGUUCAGGAGAGACUUUACCACAACUUUUUUCAGUCACUAUUCUUUUCAUUUUAAGAAAAGUAAAUAAGCUCAAGCACGAACAAAGGAACAUUUUUUUACACAUAAUUUUCUUGAAAUCAAGCAAGAACAUUGCUGUAGAGCAAAGCAUUCCAAGUAAGAAUGCUCCCAAUCGGAUAUUUAAUCAGACUUAACACAAGUAUGAACUCAACUGUUGAAAGAAGUCUGCAUGUAGCUGCCAGAUGAAAAUGGAUGGCAGCUUGGUUUGCAAGACUCAUAUAGAGUACUUUCAUUACAAUCCAGCUUUAUUUAGGAUUUGAAACUGCAACAAACAUAGAUCAAACUUAAACAAUUCUAAAUGAAGCCACAUACAAUUCCCAAGUUUUUUUUUGGAUACAGGAACAGAUUAUAUGAAUGCAACACUCAUGAUGCCUAUCAUGUGUUUAAAUCUUGAGCAACUCAGCCUAUACUGGUAUGCUGUUCUUGCACUUUGUGUAUUUUCUCUUCUGCAACAUGUAUGAUGGUGUCAUUUCUCAGAGUAGUGUUGUUUAGGAUUUGCCAAUCUAACAGUAAAGGACUUCUGAUUAUCUCACUGAAUAUUCUGGAAUACAAUCUAUAAAAAUAAAUACAUGCUAGAAAAUUAAUACAGUGGAAAAAGAUUCUAAAUUCUAGCCAAGUUAGUUCCAAGAUAAUUAUUUGAAAACACAGAGUUGAAUUGUUAAAGAACAGAUGAAAUACUUCCAACUGCCAGCAACAACAGUAUUCAAUGCCAAGUGUGGUAUUUUGAUGAGACGAUAGUUCAAAGCCACAGUGUGGGGAAUUGAAGAUUUUUGUCACUCAUUUCCCUUCCUAGGUCUUGCAGGUCAUUUGGCUUAAGCACAUCAAAGGCGGGAAAGUAAAGGAGAUAUUUCCCAAUUUCCAACAUUCUUUGUUAUGGAUUAUAAUGUGCCCACUUCAAAUCUUAUAUUUCCCUUCAAUGUGCAGCUCCUGAAUCCUCCACCAAUGAACUCUUUGGGCCAGACCUCACUGACCGAUGCCAGGGUCUGAGGACCAACAAAAUCCCAUGGUAGAGCUCAGUUCUCCCCAGCAAUAAUGCAGGGUCACCAUCUCACACCUGGCAAAGGAUACAACACCCCACUGACUUCAAUGGUAAUGCUAAGGAUACAGGUUAGGAGUCACUUUAAAAAUAUAUUCUGCUUAAAUUUAAUAUUUUAAAUAUUUAGGUGAUUUUAGUUAACAUUAUUUUUUUAAUCAUUCAAAAAAUUAAUUUAAAAAUAUAUUUUAUUCAAUGUUAAAAGCUUUAAAUGUAUAUUAAUUGCAAAAAAAAACAUUUGAAAACUAUUUUUUAAAAAACACUCGAUGUUUACAACCAGGUGUCAAAGGCUUUAAGAAAUGCUUGAGGACAGAACCUCCUGAGUGUAUUUCUCAAAGUCCUCAUGCACCCAGACCACAGUACUGCUGUUCAGAAUGGACUGGGCCAAAGAUAUUGAACACAUUCUUGAUCAAUAUUUUUGAAAUAUUGAAGCAUCAUUGCCCUGACGUGUUUGCUCUGUUUCUGGACUUUUCUUUCAAAUUCCUACAAAAACAAAUGCAAUUACAUUUUUCAAAACUCUGGCUUACAUGCUAAACAAAAACCCAUUCUGCUCAGGCCAAUUUCCAAGUGGGAAUCUGGCUAAAAUGCCCCCAUGCAGUGCAGCUGGUAGGGCAAUUCAUCUAGUUGUUUAUUAACUGGAAAUUUAAUUUUCUUCCCUAUUUCCUCCCAUUUUGGAUCCUCCACCUGGAGAAGAUGCUUCUAAAGAACUCGUGAGGAAUUCAAACAUGUUGCCACAUUUUUUCAGAUCCAACUCUGUACGUGUGUGUGUGUGUGCGCAUGUGUGUGUGUGUGUGUGUGUGUUUGUGUGUGUGCAUGAAGAUCAGUUCACAACAGUUAGAUAAAUUCUAAAAGGAAAGGAUUAGCUGUAGUUUAAAAUUUAGAGCAAGAUAAAGAUUACCUGAGCCACACAAUUAUUAAUAAUAGUUGAAUUGUAGAAUGCUAAGUAAUAUACUAAUAUCUGAAACCACUGUUUUCCUACAAUUUUUGAGGCAUGACUUCAUUUUAUACAUUGUACUUCCAAGUACUUUUUAACCUUUAAAUGAUACUUAAAGAAAGUAACGUGGAGUUGCUUAGCGCUUUCAUUGGAAAAACUUUUAUAGCACAAAUAUAGGGGUAUGGAGCCAACUGUGCCUUGAUCCCAGUGUUAGCUACCUGGCAUUACAUUCAGGGAAGGGCAGUUGGAAUUAAUACUUCCUGUUCUUCACAGUUUUACAUAAUGUUCCAGAUGUAAGAUUUUCAAAUUUUGAAGCUGACAUUAAGAAAAAGUAAAAAAAAAUGAAUGCAUAUUUAGAAAAGAAAACUCAUCAGGCUCAUAAUAACCUCUAGAUAAUGAAACCUUGGUAGUUGACGCACCCCAGGACUGGUGACAUAAUCAACCAAUAAGCUAUUAUCAGAGGUCACACUCUCCACAUGUUCCCUCAUCUGUUCAGAUUUUAAAACAUGAAUCGAAUUAUCUUAUAGCACAAUUGUCCAAUUCUACAUGUAAAAUCCCUGCAUCACACUGCCAAUGAAAUGUCACUUUGUGGUAAGGAGCAGAUAGUUUGAAGGGGAGUUUCCUAUUACAGACAGAAAUAUGACCACAGUGGAAUGUAGCCUGCUCCCCAUGGUAGAGAUUUAUUAACUGGAGAAAACUCAAAGCAAUUACCUGUUCAAUUUAUGGCACUCUAGCAUUUCCAUGUCAAUUUAAAGCAACAAUAGUUCCUCCAGUCAGUUACGGCUUUGAGCAAACCCUUCAAUAAUUUUUUCCCCUCAAUUUUACUCAUGAUUACUUACUUUUCUAAAAGGUGUGAAGCAAACAUACCCCUCACAACACAUAGGCAUUGAAUAGCAUGAUUAGUCUUGGCAAAAUUUGUUCAUUAUCUCUAAUUUCAUUUUUGGCAUUGAUUUUGAUCAUUAAGACUUGACAUUUUUCCAUUUGAGAUGUAGGGGCAGACAACUUAUCAAUGACUGAACAUAAUUGAUUUAUUAAAAGAUGAUAAAAAUUACGUAUACAUUUAUAAUAUAAAUCUUUAAAUAAUUGUGUUAAUUUUUUACAUAAUAUGGAAACUUAAAAAUACAUAUUCUUGGGCUGUCUGCUUCAUUUUAAAUCUUUAGCUCUUGGUCCAUUUAUUAAUGAAUUCUAACUAUUGACAAUGGAAAUAAUUUUUCCUUAAUGUGUGUGUGUGUGUGUGUGUGUGUGUGUGUGUGUGUGUGUGUGUUUGGUAACACAAACAUUUAGAGGUGUAAAUUAUUAUCCUUCAAGCCUAACCAUGGGUAAAAUACUAAUUGACUAUAUGAUUCAUCUGCACAUCAUUUCUUCAGGAAAAAAAAAGUGUUUUUCUUUCAAGCAAAUACAGAUCUGUGGUCCUGAUUAAUAAAUACAUAACAACUAUUUAGCAAUCAAGUACCUAUACCAUUUCAGUCCACAGAAUUAUCCACUGCCUGUGAAAUUUAUGGCACAUUUCUCCAAGUCUUUUGAGAAAUUUCAUUGUGAUCCAAGAUUUUGUCCCAGUCGGAGUAAGUAAAAUUCCUGACGAGGUUAUUUAUUGACAUAAAGAGUGGAUAAUGACAACUGUUUAUGCCAAUGUAUUAUCUCAAUUGAGUGAAGAAACAGGGAUGACACGAAGGAAAACCUUGUCAUGAAGCAAGUAAUUGUGAUCUGCUUGGAAGACAAUUGGGAGCAGACUCCACUGUUGCUGGGAAAGAGUUAGUAUAUUCGACAGUCUAGAAUAGAUCAUUCUUUGGCAUGAGCUUAAUGGAUCAGAUAAACUCCCUUCAUGUUAUAAUAAUUCUAUGUUACAAUCUGGCUUCAUCCAUUGAACUCUGUAUGUACUCAACUGCUCCAGCAAAUGGCUAAACUCUUCACAUAGGACAGUGAGACAUGCCCAAUCCAAGCUUCCUCAGCUUCUUAUAAAGUAACAGUCUUGUAAGAAAGAUCCUCUCUGGAGGCAUGAACUAAGGAUCAGAUCAGUCAAAAGGGCCUUUUUUCCUAUGAUCCACCUAUCAACAGCCUGUGUAUAAAAUACAGGCGGGCUUCAUUUCUUUGAGUUAUUUCACCAAUGCUAAUAGCUAAGCCCCUCAUUCUAUGCAGGUUUUACCUCUCACAUUUUGAGGGAUUUCUAAAUUUGUACAGUGAGAAAGAGGUGAGGCCGGUCACCCCCAACUGAUUCUUUGGUCACUGGUUGUUCUGGACUGCUGGAAUAAUGCCACUGAUUACAUCUUCAAACAGAAUCCUAUUAGUAUGAUUGUGCCAGAGAGAUUUGUUGUUAGAUUCAUGAAAUAUCACAGCCUAUAUCUUCAGCUUUCCUGCCUCUAUAUGAUCUCAACAACAGGGAACGUUUUUCAUGUUGUAUUUUCCAUGACUGCUCCUAAAUGGGCUGACAUAAGCCGUACUUUACGGAGAUUGUUAGGCUCACAGUGAAAUGGUUCCCUUUUCUUGCAGAAUUGGCCAGUGAAUGACCAAUUCUGACGUUCAACAACUCUGCAUGUGAGUCUUGCCCUCUACCUCCACAGCCGUUGAGACUUCCAAUUGGCCAUUUAAUCUUAGUAGUGUAGUCCAUGUUGUACCAGUGAUGACCAAUAGCUCAAGUAUGCUGUAACAUGUAGAACAGAUAAAUGCUGACAAUUAAUUCUAAACCAAUACAGCUGGCUCAAGUGUUGUCCCAGUUUUGAGCCAAAUUAUUUCAUGAUAAACCAAGAUAAGCUGCAGGACCACAGAGACCAGUGAAAGCAUUUGAGAGAGACUGACGUCCAACUAAAAUCACACAUAAGUUCAAGAAGCUAAUAAAGUGUAUAGGGGUGUAGUGCUUGGUAGGGGCUGCACUUCAUGCAGUGCAUUAAAGAGUUAGAGGGACGUGAAUCAGCAAACUCCAGCAAACUGCUAACAGCUUGGCAGGUAGGCCGCACAUCACCAUGGCAACAGUCAUGGUCUCAUUUCUUCACUGGAAGUAUUUGCAGUUACAACCUGUUUACUAGGAGAAUGUUAUUUUAUUUGGCCUGGUAAAUGUGGGGGAAAAAAUAACCAGGUCAUAAAACUGUGCAUUCAUUGUUUGCAAAAUUUCUGUAAUAUCUUUCAUGAAUUAUCACACUUCCACGUGUAAGUUUUCAAACUAAGAUGUUUACAUGAUAUGUUGGAGUUUGAAUUAUUAUUUGAAAACCAAUGUUUCUGGCUGAUGGGAGGCCAAUUAGCUAAGAUUUUAGUGUAAUCUUUAUGGUGCUGUUGAA